AUGGCAGCUUCGACCGCAGCAGCCGUUCUUCAUGCAGCGACUCUGUCUAUUCCAUCACAGUCACCCGUCCCUGAAGAUGCGGAGGCAAAGGCUCACCAUGUGAAGUCAGGAGGGUUCCGGAAUCCGUGGGCCCGGCGGUUUUCUGGCGAGGCGAAUGUCCCUGAUACCACUCCGCCUACUGUCCCGGUGCGGAAGCCCGAGUUCCUCCCCAGCCGGCAAACGCCAAAGCUGAGGGCCACUUGGUUAGGGCAUGCGUGCUACUAUGUGGAGUUCCCAAGCGGAUUGAGAGUGCUGUUCGAUCCUGUUUUUGAAGACAGGUGCUCUCCUUUUAGUUGGUUAGGUCCAAAGCGUUAUACAGAGAUGCCCUGCAAGAUGGAAGAUAUACCUUUCAUCGAUGCUGUUGUAAUUUCCCAUAACCACUAUGACCACCUUUCCUACCCGACCAUUAAGGAUAUCCAUCGGCGUCAUCCGAAUUGCCACUUCUUUGCUCCGCUUGGAAACAAGCAAUGGUUCACUUCGAGUGGCAUUCACAACGUAACUGAGCUGGACUGGUGGGAAGAACGAGACAUUACUUUAUCACCAUUGACUAAGUCAGCCGAGGUGACGUCCAUUCGAGACGCUUCAGAUAAGGCGUCGAAUAUCCUUGCUCGUAUUGGUUGCCUUCCAUGCCAACACAUCAGUGCUCGGACGUUGUGGGAUAGAUCGCAGACUCUCUGGGGUUCUUGGAGUGUGGAAUCGGGUAGUUCCAAAGUGUAUUUUGCCGGCGACACCGGAUACCGAUCGGUCCCUGAACUCCCCAAAGAGGUCGACGACUACGGCCCUGGACAUAAUUAUCCACACUGUCCAGCAUUUGCCCAAGUGGGCCAAUACCGUGGUCCUUUCACGCUUGGGCUGAUACCCAUUGGCGCGUAUGAUCCCCGAUUCAUCAUGAGUCCGAUGCACGCAGAUCCUCAUGAUGCAGUCAAUAUAUUCAAAGAUACUAAAUGCCAAAACGCUCUUGGGAUGCACUGGGGAACAUGGGUUCUAACAGAAGAGGAUGUCUUGGAGCCACCUAGAAAGCUCAAGAAAGCUCUAAGACAGAAUGGCAUCGCGGAGACCGGUGUGUUUGAUGUCUGUGAUAUCGGCGAGAGUCGUGAAUUCUGA